AUAAUAUGCAUGCAAUAAGUGCAUCGUAGAAAUGAAAGGUGAAACAAAACGUGCCUGGUAACAAAGGUUACCCGUGACCCAGUACGUAAUGCCACUCUAGCCUUUCCGGGACAGCUUGGCCAACUCGCUUUCAUACUCUUCGAUUACCUUGACCUUUCCUGUCGACUUCGCCUCUGAGAGGACUAAAACUAAAGGAAGUGCCAUUCUUGCGCUAGUCUUUCGACCAUCCCGACCAUACCACGCGAACCAUGGCUACCGUACACCAAGGCCACCCCCAUGAUGAGCCCCAUGAUGACGACUCUCUCCUUGGUGAUGAUUUGAUUGAAGCCGAUGAUGCCAUCGACGCUGACGACCCCCUGCGCGAUACCUCCGACACGGCCCCUCUGCGAGGCAACAUCGAAUCCAGCUCGAGCAACCGAGGGAAUGCCUCUGGCUACGGCAACUACCUAACAUCCUCUAUCGGUGGUGAAGAUCGCCGUGCGACGCAAAAUACCAUCGACGAGAGUGUUUGGGACACAUUAUCACGCGACUUGAUUGCCGUGUGGGAGAAGAUGCGCCAGGUGCUUUGGCCGAAGUACUUGCUUGGAGGAAUGAUGCAGCGCGGAGGCGCUGGCACCGCUGAUUCUGAGCAAGGUGGAGUGUCUGGAUUUGGUGGUAACAUUCGGGGACUCGUUGGACGAUGGCCGGAUGCCGACGUGGUCCUGCAGGGUGGCAUGAGCGAUGGGUUGCGGGACUGGGAUCUCUGGGGACCGCUUGUCUUCUGCCUGGUCCUGAGUUUGUUCUUGUCUGUCGCAAAGGGUGAGCAAUCGUCAGUGGUUUUCUCGGGUGUUUUCUGUCUUGUCUGGAUCGGAGAAGCUGCUGUGACUCUGCAGAUCAAGCUCCUUGGUGGCAAGAUUUCUUUCUUCCAGUCGAUUUGCAUUAUCGGUUAUACGCUAUUCCCCUUGGUCAUUGCCGCAAUGCUGAGUGCGUUGGGACUUCCUACUAUUGCACGGAUACCAGUAUAUCUUGUGUUAGUCGCAUGGUCUUUAGCAGCUGGAGUAAGCAUCUUAGGUGGCUCGGGAGUGGUGCGGAACCGAGUCGGCAUCGCAGUCUACCCGCUGUUUGUGUUCUACAUUGCGAUCGGAUGUCUCUGUUUCAUCAGUUAAGGCUCUCUAUUGUGAUAUUGUGCUCAAUAGUUGAGAAAAUGCGCCGUCACAUGCCUCUGAUAGGCAUCGGCGCAACGAAUCUCAAUAACAACAUUGGAUUGAUAUUAGAAUAGCGCGGAUACCGGUAUAUCCAGACUUUGAAUUGAAUUCAUGCAAACUAUAUCUGCCGAGGUACCUAGGCAACAAUAGACGAUUGUUU